GAAGACGACUUAGUAUUGUUCUUUUCUUGGUUCCACUCUCCAGUGGGUUCGAAUGCGAUGCAAACUUUAAUCACUUAGUCUGCAAAUCGAGUUGGAGCACAAAUGCCGCAAAAACUUUAGACAGAUGGCUAGUUAAAAUGCGCAAGAAUCCGUACUGCUUUAUCACACGGUUUGAAGACGACUUUCAUGGCAAAGAAGAAAUAAAGGAGGAAACCAUGAAUGGACAAACAGAUAUUUUCUACUCUGUUGACGGAGAAAGACAUGGGAUCAGUUUGACGUACGUCGACGUGGAGAAAACAUGUUUAUCCAGAAUCACUUUAUUUAGACGAAAUGUGGAGGUUGGGCCUUCUUGGGAUUUUAGUAUGGGUCAUUCACGACCCAUGUUAGCUGUCACAAUAAACAUGAAUAAAGUAUCAGGAACACAUAUAUGGGGAGGAGGCGCCAUCUAUAAUAAUACCACGUGGAUCUACCCGGACUUAAGUACAGUUCUGGUUGGAAAUUUCUCUGAAAAUAGAUUGGUCAGGGGACGGGAAGGAGAGAUUAGGCGUGUUAUCUGCAACAACGGAAUAAUGCAAAUAGAAACUGAAACGGUUGCAAGUGACCAAACAUACUCCUUUGAAUUUGAUUCUUUAAAUUCUCUUGGUUCAUUUCCAACUCUUCAGGAUCCUUUUGAGGCGAAAUAUCUGAAAGUGGAUUCCUCUCCAUGGGGAGGAGAAGGCAUAUUUGCUCGGACAAAUUUGCCAUCCGACCGUCUCAUUGGAUACUUUCAUGGCAUAAAGAUACCUAAAGAUACGCUCUAUGAUAGUUGGAUUGCAAGCGACGAGAUCAAGCUACUGUCUGAAUCUGAGAGAUCUGAUCAGUUUAUCCGGAGAAAAAGCUAUAUAAUUGCUCUAAACUAUGAACAUGACAUUGAUAUGCCACCAGACAUAGGAGAAGACUCAACAAAGUAA